AUGCCUAUAAAAGGUCGAAUUUGUGAUGAAUCGAAGAAAAUAUGGCGAGUCGCAUUGCCAAGCGUGAUCUCCCGAGUCACCUCGUUCGGUUGCGUAAUUAUCACUCAGUCGUUUAUCGGCCACAUAAGCGCGGUUGAUCUUGCCGGUUAUGCCCUCGUCCAGACGUUAGGCGUUCGAUUUGUGAACGGGAUUUUGAUAGGAAUGUCGAGUGCAACCGAGACGCUUUGUGGGCAAGCGUUCGGAGCCAAACAAUACCACAUGAUGGGCAUUUUCUUGCAACGUUCGUGGCUAGUCGACUUAUUAACACUAACCAUUCUUCUUCCUCUGUUUUUCUUGGGAGGUCCGAUUUUCGAGCUUUUGGGUGAAGAAAAGUCGAUAGCCAAGUCGGCCGGUUUCAUAUCCCUAUGGUUCAUUCCUUACUGCUACGCGCUCGUGUUUGGGCUCACGAUCCAAAUGUAUCUUCAGGCCCAACAGAAGAACUUAAUUUUAGCCUACCUCUCGGUUUUGCAAAUGGCGGUCCAUAUUCCUUUGUCGUGGGCUCUCGUUUAUGUUCUCGAAUGGGGUGUUGGUGGGGCAAUGGCGUCAUUGUGUGUGUCGUUGUGGAUUGUCGUGUUUUGCGAGUUCGUUUAUAUAUUCGGAGGGUGGUGUGGGGAUUCUUGGAAGGGUUUUAGUUUGGCGGCUUUGAAGGACAUUUUUCCGGUGCUUGGAGAUGUGGUACUAUGCCAUCCUAGUCUUACUGGCAGCGUGCGUGUUGCGAACGAGCUUGGACGAGGGGAUGCAAAAGCCGUGAAAUUCUCGAUAAAAGUUAAUCUCACUACUUCGGUUGUGAUAGGGCUAUUGUCUUGGAUCCUUUGUUGGGUCUUUGGCCAAAAGCUCGGCUACUUGUUCACGGACGACGAGGCAGUUGUAAGAAGCGUGUCGGAUCUCUCUAUUCUGCUUGCUUUCUCGGUUUUGUUCAACAGCAUUUAUCCCGUUUUCUCAGGUGUGGCUGUUGGGGCAGGCAUGCAAGCAAUGGUAGCCGUUGUAAACAUCGUUUGCUUCUAUCUGAUUGGACUUCCGAUCGGGCUCGUGCUCGGGUAUCUUGUCGGUUUUCAAGUAAAGGGCUUAUGGAUUGGAAUGCUUUGUGGGGUUAUCUGUGAGACUCUUGUGCUAAGCUUCUUAAUGUGGAGGACUAACUGGGAUGAAGAGGUUCUAAAAGCAUCUGCUCGUCUCAAAAAGUGGUACCUUAACUUAUUUAAAAAUGUUUUUCGGAUUAAAAUAUCAUUUCUGAAUAUGAAAUCUCUCCACCAUGCCCUCUCGCCGUUCGAUCUCGUCGCCGGCCGACGCCUUCAGCUGAAGAAACCGGCGCUUCUCGGCGGAUACUCCUCUCAAGCUUGUCUGCCACACGCGCCGCCGUCUCGUCUUGAGCGCGUCCUCCUAAGUAGCAGGUCCCUCACUUGUGGUGCCUGGGCAGGCAAGCUCUUUUCCUUGGUCAUGAUAGUCAAUUUCUUGUUUUGGCGUCUCUUGCAGCUCUUAAAGUCGUCCAAAUGGAGAAGAGAAUGCGCCGAGCUUGACGAAGUCAAAUGCAGACGAACCAUGGAUGAUAAUGGCAUAAAAGAGAGCCUGCUUCUUGUGAGCUCAAAAGCAGAACAGAACACUGAUUUGAAGGCAAGGAUUUAUGAUGAAUCUAAGAAAAUAUGGAAAGUCGCAUUGCCGAGCGUCGUUUCGCGAGUGGCUUCGUUCGGGACCAUAGUCGUGACCCAAUCGUUUAUCGGACACAUAAGCUCGGUCGACCUCGCGGCCUACGCGCUCGUCCAAACCCGCUCGUGGUUCAUAAACCUCGUCACCCUCACCCUUCUAAUCCCACUCUUCCUCUACACGACCCCGAUUUUCGACCUGCUCGGCCAGCUACACGAAAUUUCAAAAUCCGCGGGUUACGUUUCUCUAUGGUUCAUUCCCUUUCUGUACGGACUCAUAUUCAGCUUGACCGUACAAAUGUACCUUCAAGCCCAGCAGAAAAACGCUGUCAUCGGGUGGCUCUCGGCCGUCCAGCUGCCGAUCCACGUGGCGCUGAGCUGGCUCUUUAUGAACGUGAUGGGUUUGGGGGUGUCGGGUGCAAUGGGGGCGUUGUUGGUGUCUUCGUGGUUUGUGGUUUUCGGGGACGUGCGGGUUGCGAACGAGCUGGGUAGAGGAGAUGCAAAGGCCGUGAAAUUCUCGAUCAAAGUGCUUAUGAGCACCUCAAUUUCAAUAGGGAUAUUUUUUUGGAUCAUUUGCUUGGUCUUCAGAGAUAAACUCGGUUACUUAUUCACCGACGACCGGCAAGUCGCGCAGGCCGUUUCAGAUCUUUCUCUCCUGCUCGCCUUUACCGUGUUGCUCGCCAGCAUUUUUCCAGUCCUCUCGGGUGUUGCUGUGGGAGCAGGUCUUCAGAUAAAAGUGGCGGUAAUUAAUUUAGUUUGCUUUUAUGGAGUUGGGCUGCCGGUUGGGAUUGUGCUUGGAUAUGUUGCACAUCUUCAAGUUGUGGGAAUAUGGAUUGGAUUGACCUUUGGCAUAGUGACACAGACGCUCUUACUGUUAUUCCUAAUAUGGAGAACAAAUUGGGAUGAAGAGGUCUUCAAAACUUCAGCGCGUCUGAAAAGAUGGGAUAUGAAAUCCUCAGCACAGAGUAUUUCUAAGCACUAAUCAUGCUUGAAAACGGGACAAAAUUUGACGUUGGUUAGUCGAGGAUCAGAACCUCUGACGGAAUACGAGUAAUCGACUCGUUCGUGAACUUAUCGUAUCCAGAAUCAAUCUUGACUAUUAAUAUCAAAUUCUGGUCAUGUGUACUAAUUAAUAUUGGAAUAUUCUUAAAUCACUUGAUAUAUUGCUUGAAAAGAGAGUUGAGUGAUUGUUUGUAAUAAGGAAUGCAUCUACCAUCUAUUUGAAAACUUAUAAAAUAAUUUCUUUUGAAUUAAAUAAAUAUAAAUUAGAUACCAAACA